AUGUAUACAUCAUUUUUAGCAUCAGAUUCUGGAAAAGUUAUAGGAGAGGCUACAUCUUAUGAAGCUAAUUUAGAAUACAAUGUCUAUGAAUCCUAUUGGGAAACAGUCCACCAAGUUCCUCUCCAUGACUUACGAAAAAUGACAGACAGACCAACGCUCAAUGAAUAUGGCUUUACCUAUGUCUCUGGAAGAGAUGUGAAAUCAAUCAAGAGAUUGGGAGAUUUUUCUGGUGAUCAAAAAAAGGCCUUGACAAAGGAUUCAGUGAAGAUUGUUGAAGAAUUGAUAAAUCCUACUUUGGCAAUCUCUUAUUCAAGUCAAUUUAGAAAUCCCAUGAUGAAGUAUUUAGGUGAACCAAACCCAAACCUUCAUUCAGACUUGUCACCAGAAGGAGCCCAAAAAACAAUCAGUUGGGUAGAAAAACGAUUUUUAGAAUCAGAGGAUCCAGAGGAAAAAGCCUUUGGACAACUCUUAUCAACAAAAGCUUACAAUGUGGUGAUUUUGAAUGUCUGGAGACCACUUUCCAAGGUUGAAGCAGAUCCUCUGGGGCUUUGUAGAUGGACCUCAGUUGCUCCAAGUGAUCGAGUAGAUUCAAAAAUUGUACCAGACCGGGCAGGAAAUGCACUUCAAGCUUGGAACUAUGGAGAUCAUCAGGAAUGGUUUUAUCUAAAAGAACAAGAACCUCAUGAAGCUCAUGUGUUCAUUCAACAUGAUGGUAGGGCAAAUGAUGGACAUGGUAUGAGUGUUCCACAUGCUUCAUUUGUGUUAAGGGAAAAUGAGGAUAAACCUAAACGCAAGAGUUUUGAGUGUAGAGUCAUGGCACUCUUUCCAAAAAAGUGA